CCCGCCGGGCCGGGCCGGGCCACACCUGAGCCGGCUCCGCCUCCGGUGAGAGGUCAGGGGGAGGGAGCCGGCAGCCGCCACCACCACCGGCGAUGGCGGCCAGGAGGCCGCAAGGCAGCGCCAAGGGGAAGCCCGGCCGGCGGCGCGCAGGAAAUAAACGUUCAGCUGCUCUGGAAAACGAAGAUGUUGCUCAGAGGAAAGCAGCCCUGGAGGCUGCUACUAGAAAGAAGAUUGAAUUUGAGAAAAAAGCACUGCAUAUUGUUGAACAGCUCUUGGAAGAGAACAUUACUGAAGAGUUCCUUCUGAAUUCUGGAAAAAAUAUUACUCCAUCUCACUAUAAAGACGUUGUUGAUGAACGGUCUAUCAUCAAAUUAUGUGGUUAUCCUAUAUGUCAAAAUAAACUGGAAAAUGUGCCAAAACAGAAGUACAGAAUUUCAACAAAAACUAACAGAGUUUAUGAUAUUACUGAAAGAAAGUGCUUCUGCAGCAACUUCUGCUACAGAGCAUCUAAAUAUUUUGAAGCUCAAGUUUCCAGAAGUCCAGUAUGGAUGCGAGAAGAAGAAAUACCACCAGAUAUAGAGCUGCUGAAGGAGGGGCAGAGUGGCAAGUCUGGAGAAGAGGUGAAACUACGUGAUGAAGCAAUUAAAACUUCUGACAUUGAAAAUCCUAGACUAUCUUCAAAUCCAUGUGAAUCUACUUCUCAUGACACAGCCAGCGACAGCAGUAGUGAUACUGAACAAGAAUUUGUUUCUUCUGUUCUACCAGGAAAUCAGUCAAGUUCAGCUAAUCUUGAACAGCAAUUGCACAGCAACAGCAUCCUCAAAAAGAAACAUAUUCAGAAAGCCAAUUCCAGCCCUAAAGCUGAAGACUUGGAUGUCGUAGAAGCCACUGAACAACUAUCUAAUUGUAAAUUAGAUGUUCAGGAUGAAACGCAUGCUUGCUCUGUUCAAAAUAACGUAACUGCAACACCUUCAAAAAAAACUACUCCAGGAACAUCAGAUGCUUCAGAAAACUAUGAAAACACCUAUAGAGGAUCACAGAUAGUUUUUCUAGGUGUGAGCAAAAAAGGGGCAGAACGUCUUACAAGAAUACUAGCUAACUCAAAACAAUAUAAAGAAACUGAACAGCGGGAUCCAAUUAAUUCCUUGGCUGCUAAAGGCAGUUUAUUAGAAGUCCUUAAGCAAACACUUACUGAAUGGAGAACUGAGGAAACUUUAAAAUUUCUCUAUGGUCCGAACUACACGUCUUUAUGCUCAUCAGAAUGCAAAUCAUCUGCCAACCAAGAAAGUGAAGAACUUGAUGAGGAUGACUUAGAUGCAGCUGAUGAUGUUGACACUGUUGCAGCAGGGGAGUCUGAAAACAGUUUGAACUAUUCCUUACCUUAUACAGGCUCAGGUGGAGUAGCUAAGCCUGUGCCUAGUUACGAAAAGUUAAAAGAAGAAACGGAAUUCCUAGAACUCCGAGUAAAAGAGUUCUACAAAGGGAAGUGCAUCUUGGCUGAAGAGGCAGCGACACAUGCACAAGCAGAGGAACUUCUAAGCAAAGACAAAGAUGAUGAACAGCAAGAUCUCACGUUCCCACUUGUUGAUUCAAAUGCACAAAUGCAGAUUAGAAAGCGAAUCGUCCUUGAAAAACUCAGAAAAGCAUUACCUGCAGUUUUGGGCCCUCUUCAGAUUACUCUAGGGGAUGUUUACACAGAGCUAAAAAAUCUUGUGAAAACUUUCCAGUUAACAAACAGAAACAUUAUUCACAAAAUGCCUGAAUGGACUCUAAUUGCUAUCGUUCUGUUAUCUGUGACAAAAGACCAUAUUACGCGUACCCUGUGGUGCAGGAUGUUUGAGAACACAGACCAAAAAAGGCAGAGUGAGCAUGGGAUUUCAUGGUCUACAUCAAGAGAAACUAUGAAGACCUCAAGUAUUUUUGUUUGUUUGGAAGGGGCAGAGUUGUUUUGUUUCAAGUAGCAACUGUUGGACUUGCACCCCGUUCUGUGCAUUGAUAUUGUGGCUCACCACUUCCUUCUCAUGUAUAGCCGAGGACUCGUACAGUGUACUUAACUUCAUGGUGCAAUUUCAGAGUGCCCUGACACUUUUCGUGGUAUGCUACUGAGCAGAAUCACUAUUGUCAUUACCAUUGUAAUCGACUGUGUCGUCACAGCUUAAUACUUCAUAUUAUGUUAUGAUAGUGCUAUCCUCUUUUCAUUAAGAGCAUGUGGAUUAAAUCUUUGUAGGAUAUGUAACAACAUAUCCUAUAAUAUCCAUGUGUAGGAUAGUAACAACACCUAAUUUAGGUGCUUAAAUAAGACCUGGGCUCCCUUUAGAGUCUGCUGGCCUUCGAAAUACCUUAUUCUAAGUACUUACACACCCUUGAGUCUAUUGACUAUUAAAAAAAUCUGGGCUUCCAAUUGUUCUAAAGGAAAGUACCUGAAACUAAACAGUGUGACUAUCUUUCUAAAAUUAUAAAAUGAUGGAGAUCCCAGCAGCGGUGCAUUUCUUCUUUCUAGUGAACAGCUGGAUUUAUUCAGUCGAACUAUGGUAUAAAAUAUGAACAGCCAGUCUGAGCCUCUGUUGAAAAUCUAACCUGAGGCACUACUGUCUUUGUGACCAGCACACUCAGCAAUGCUGCAUUGACUUUCCUAGAGUAUACUUCCACAGCCAGAGAGUUAUGUUCAAAUAAUUGCAUUCAUACCUACCAUGGUACGUGGGUAACUCUUUAAAAAUGAUCUGUAGAACAGAUUUCUUAUUUAUUUGCCAGUUGGCAGUAGUAGAUUCCUGUGUCUUCCUGUUGUAAUAUUUAGUAUGUUAAACGGAAUUUUAUGUUAUAGUAACAACUUUGAAAUGUGAACUAGAAUACAGAAAUUAUAUCUUUUUUCCCCCAAAGAAUUUUACAAGAUAAUAAAUUGAAGCAGAUAAUAGGUACACAUACAGUAGUCAAGAAAGAACGGAGAAAGCAGUGGGAAAAUUGGUUGCUAUACAAGCAUGGGCACUUUUUUUUUUUUUUUGUGUAUACCCCUGGUACUGUCUAAUGGAAAGCUUUCAAGAUAUUUUCAGGAAAUGUCUGCUUUCAUCUCACUUAUCUGAACUGGCUGGUUCCAGUGAACUGUGGUCAGCUUCAUCUACAAAGCCUAUGCAAGAGGUUCCUCCUGCUAAAAGCUCUGAAACAUUUCAGAACAUUCUGGGAUUAGUGUAUAUGCAUUGGGCUGCAGUAUUUAAAAAACUCAAAAUGAACAUGAUCACAAAACAAAAGCCAUUGUUAUAUGUGUGCAGCCACUUUAGAUAAAUGUGUCAUGUGGAGAUGUACUCUAGAGGUUUACUCUCUUGGAGAUAACAGUUCAGGAACUGGAGAAUCUUGGGUUCAAGUACUCGUUUUUAUUUCUUUGCCCACCGAGAGUAUGUGUAUUGCUCAACACUGACAUUUCUGCAUUAUUUUUAAGAGGAAUUCAGAUGUUUGUGAUAUCUCUACUGUGUUGUCAUCUGAAUGUCUGAAAUGUACUAACACAUAUCGGAUAUGAAUCAGAUUUGCAGAGUGACUGUAAAAAGUGCACUUACAGAUAGGCUUUUUCCUACAGAGACCACAUACAGAUCAGCUGGAUAAUGCUUUAUUUGGCAAGUCUGACGAUAGAAAAUAGGUUCCAGCUGAAAAAAAUCAUUCCUCACUGAGCUAGAAAUAUAAUUAUUUCCCAUUCUGAAACAGAGUUUGCAGGAUCAAAAGUCCAAAAACCCUUUCUUUUUAUAAAAGCAUUUGAAUUUUGUCCCAGACUUUGUCCCUACUCUUGGUCACAAACUGUAGAGUUAUAUUUCUGUGCGAAAUAGAAAAAAGGCAAGUUUU